UUUGCUUCAACUUUACAGUUCCACGAUGACGCGGCGCGCCAAGGAACGACGCAUGGAGCGCGUGCACGCCAAGCUGCGGCAGCAGGAGGAAAAGCUACUGCGUGACCAGCGUCUGAGCUCCCGUCCGGCUUGGAUCCAGCUACUCGCAGCCAUCGACGGGCCGUCUCCUAAUAGCAGCAGCAGUCUGCACGUGUCUAGCCUUGACAGCCCCAUUAAGCACAAGCCUCCGAUCGUAGACGAGCUGCAAUGGAAGAGCUCUCAGGUGCCCAUCGCGGCCUCGGGCGGCUUCCAGCUACCCAUUAAGCUUGACGCGCGUAAGGGAGAGCUGCACUAUUCGUUCUCCACGAGAGACUACGACGUCAACUUCGGCGUGCAGAUGAUCUGCGCCGACGGGAGUUUGAUUGAGCUGCUGGACACGCGGCGUUACGAGAGCCAAAAGCAGAAGGUGGAGGGCCAGCUGAGCCUCACUGGUCCUGGGAUGGUACUGUUAUUGUGGGACAACUCAUUCUCGUGGGUCAACACCAAACAGCUCGCCUAUCACGUGGAGCUAAAGCAGGAGACGCUUCCCGUGUCUGACGCGGAGAAGACGCAACUGGCACUUAAGGCGAGACUCGAGCGUGAGCAGAAGUUGCUGCAAUCGGAGGGAGAAUACGACAGACUGGAGACGCAGAUGCAGACCGAGGCGCAGACGAUCGACUUCCUGCGUCAUCAGAUCGAAGAGCUGCAGCUGCAGUUGAGGCAGCAUGAAGAAGAAAGGGAGACCAUCAACAAAAAGAAAGAACAAGUGGGAGAACACAUUGAAGAGCUUUGCUGGGAGCUGCAAGGUACGACAAAACGUAUUGGUUGGACGGGUGACUUAAGCUGAAUGUGUGCUGGGGUUUUGUUUUGACAGCGCUGAGUUGGAGAUGCUUAGACCAAGCUGCACUGCAUCGUAUCCUGGGUUAUCUGGGAGAAAAAGAUCUAAUCGCAUGGUCGUUGACAAGCAAAAAAUGGUACGAGCACGGGCGCGCGUAUCAGGCCAGCAAACGCGAGACUGAAGAGGCUAAUGGCCAACCUGCUGCGCGAGAAAUCAGCUUCAAUUCCUGAUUUUUAAGUUCCAGUCACCAUGCAUAGAAGACGAAAGCCGCGCAGGUUCGUCAUUUGUCGUCCUUGCUUGUUGUGAGCUGCUCGAUGGUCUCCAGGAGUUUUCUAAUUUUCAAAUAGAUUUCCGUUAGUUUACGAUAAAGCACGACAUACAAAUUUCAUGACAAAGGUGUGAUCGUACUUGGCGGCCUCCAUGUCACUCGAAGCUUUCUUCGACAGCAAGCUUCUUCCUGGUUUAUUUUCUCCUUCUUGGUGUCCCGAAUCUUCAGUCAUUUCCAAGACUUCAUCGA